UCAAUGGUGAGCCCUUGGGCUGCAUCUCCUUUGAGCUGUUUGCAGACAAGGUUCCAAAGACAGCAGAAAAUCUUCGUGUUCUGGGCAUGGGAGAGAAAGGAUUUGGUUGUAAGGGCUCCCGCUUUCACAGAAUUAUUCCAGGGUUUAUGUGUCAGGGUGGUGACUUCACAUGCCAUAAUGGCACUGGUGGCAAGUCCAUCUAUGGGGAGAAAUUUGAUGAUGAGAACUUCAUCCUAAAGCAUACAGGUCCUGGCAUCUUGUCCAUGGCAAAUGCUGGACCCAACACAAACGGUUCCCAGUUUUUCAUCUGCACUGCCAAGAGUGAGUGGUUGGAUGGCAAGCAUGUGGUCUUUGGCAAGAUGAAAGAAGGCAUAAAUAUUGUGGAGGCCACGGGGCGCUUUGGGUCCAGGAAUGGCAAGACCAGCAAGAAAAUCACCAUUGCUGACUGUGGACAACUUGAGUAAGUUUGACUUGUGUUUUAUCUUAACCACCAGACCAUUCCUUUUGUAGCUCAGGAGAGCACCCUCCACCCCAUUUGCUCGCUGUAU